AAAAAACCGUUCUUUUUUUCAUAUUUUCCUAUUUUUCACUUUUCUUUCUUAGGAGAAAAAAUGGAUCAUUUCCUAUCCGUACAUCAUCAUUUCCUAUCUAAAUAUAAUCAAUCUUACAGAUAUAUACAUUUUUUAAUUCUUUAAAUGGUUUAUUUCUUGUGAGGCGGUGGUGUCAAGUAAAAAAAAAAAAAAAGAAGACUUUGAAAGGAUCAUAUGAUGAAUUCUUUUAUUCAAAAACCACAAUAACUUUUCUUUUAACAGAUUCUGGCCUUGAGGAAUCUUGUUUGAAAGUUCAUCUGCCAAGGUAAUCUGGAGUCUAGUUCGAAUCCUGCAUUGUCCAUUGCUGGUUGGGUUCUAGAUCCAUUUGGUCUAACUUGCAGAAGAACUUUUGGAUAGAUUUUUCUUUCUCUGCUCGAACAAUCUGUAGAUAUGUCUAGAUCCGAGGGUGUUACGGUCUCUGACCGAGCGCUUCAAAACCAAUUCAUGCCUAUUGAGUUUCGUAACCUUAAAACCAAGUUUGUUUCGGUAAAGAACGAAGAUGGUAAAGUUAAAGUUGGAGAUUUGCCACCCUUGAUGGUGAAAUUGAAGGGUCUCAGUUCUGCAUUUACCGAGGACGAGAUUAAGCAGAAAUUGGGUGAAUCCUAUGAUGACAUGAGCAAUGAGAUUGAUUUCGAAACAUUCCUCCGGGAGUAUUUAAAUUUGCAAGGUCAGGCUAAGGAAAAAUCGGGUGGUCAAAAGAAUUCAUCAUCUGUCCUAAAGACCUCCUCAGCCACUACACUCGUUGAAUCAGAAAAAGCCACUUAUGUUAGACACAUAAACAUCUAUCUUGCGGAUGAUCCAUUUUUAAAGCAGUUUCUUCCGUUGGAUCCGGCUUCCAAUGACCUUUUCAAUCUUGCAAAAGAUGGAGUACUUUUAUGUAAGCUUAUCAAUGUUGCUGUGUCGGGAACAAUAGAUGAACGAGCUAUUAACACGAAAAAGGUACUUAACCUAUGGGAGAGGAAUGAGAACCAUACUCUAGCUCUCAACUCUGCAAAGGCUAUUGGCUGCACCGUGGUAAACAUUGGCACCCAGGACUUGGUUGAAGGAAGGCCUACUCUCUUACUUGGUUUGAUCUCCCAAAUUAUAAAGAUUCAACUGUUGGCUGAUCUCAACCUUAAGAAGACACCCCAGCUUGUAGAAGUGCUGGAUGAUGGCAAUGGAGAUAUUGAGGAACUUAUGGCGUUAGCUCCUGAGAAGGUUCUACUAAAAUGGAUGAAUUUCCAUUUAAAGAAAGGAGGCUACGAGAAAACUGUUACGAAUUUUUCUUCAGAUGUGAAGGAUGCAAAAGCUUAUGCUUUCCUGCUUAAUGUUCUAGCACCAGAGUACUGCAAUCCGUUGACCCUUGAUACUAAGCAUGCUACCGAAAGGGCUAAAUUGGUACUUGACCAUGCAGAGAGAAUGGGAUGUAAACGAUAUUUAAGCCCAGAAGACAUAGUUGAGGGCUGGACGAAUUUGAAUCUUGCAUUUGUAGCUCAAAUCUUCCAUGAAAGGAAUGGCCUGAGUGUAGAUAGCAAAAAGAUUUCUUUUGCAGAAAGGAUAACAGAUGAUGUGCAACUGUCCAGAGAUGAGAGAUGUUUCCGACUAUGGAUGAAUAGUCUUGGAGUUGAGAAUUACGUUAAUAACGUCUUUGAGGAUGUCAGAAACGGAUGGGUACUUUUAGAGGUGCUUGAUAAGGUUGCUCCUGGAUCUGUCAACUGGAAGCAUGCAACGAAACCUCCAAUUAAGUUUCCAUUUAGAAAGGUGGAAAAUUGCAAUCAAGUGGUAAUGAUCGGGGAGAUGUUGAAAUUUUCCAUUGUGAAUCUUGGUGGAAAUGAUAUAGUGCAAGGAAAUAAAAAACUCAUAAUAGCAUUCUUAUGGCAAUUGAUGAGGUACAAUAUGCUUCAACUUCUCAAGAGUUUGAGAUCUCGCUCCCGAGGGAAGGAGAUAACUGAUUCAUACAUCAUAAAUUGGGCAAACAGGAAAAUCAAAAGCACCGGAAGAUCCCGUCAAAUAGAAAGCUUCAAGGAUAAGAGCCUUUCGAGUGGACUGUUCUUCCUUGAACUUUUAAGUGCUGUGGAGCCAAGAGUGGUCAACUGGAACCUUGUAACCAAGGGUGAAAGUGAUGAAGAGAAGAAGUUGAAUGCAACAUAUAUCAUAAGUGUGGCUCGUAAGAUUGGAUGCUCCAUCUUCUUGUUGCCUGAAGACAUCAUGGAGGUAAACCAGAAGAUGAUGCUCACUUUAACAGCCAGCAUUAUGUACUGGUGCCUUCAGAACUCACCGGAAGAGUGCGAGACCAGUAAUGGUUACAGUAGUACUUAUGCAUCAGAUGCAUCUUCUCCGGCACCAUCAGUUAAUGGUGAAGAUGAAAGUUCCUCACUAUGUAGUGAAGUCCCGAGCUUAACCAUCGAUGACGCUGCCUCAGACAUUAUGGUCUCAUCAUCUCAGUUCGAGAAUGGAGAAAAUACUACUGUUGAGUAAGAGAUAUUGAAUGCCAAUUGGUUACCACCAUACAUGGUUCAGACCAUGUAGCAAGCAAAAGACGAAGUAUGGUUGCGAUCUAUGUUACCCGGACUCAAAGAUAAGGGUUGUUGGAAAUGAGUUUGGUUUUUCAUAUAUAUCUUCGGCUGAUACAGCGUCCAUAUUCGGAAUAUGGAUGUUAGACGUGAAUAUUACAAAAAAAAAAAAGAGUUUGAGUAACAUAGGUUGUAUGUUGCAGCUAUGGAAGUCCAACUAGACCUUUGAGAGAUUGCUUUAACUUUAUUAACAUAGUUUGCAUGGGAUUGGCUACAAUGGGUUCCUUUUGUCUUGGCCGGAGGAGAAAUUACCACCAGUAAGUUUUUCUCAUCAUUCAAUUGUAUUUUAGAUAAUAUUCUUCGACAAUAAACAAAUAUUAUGCUUUA